CCACGGUUCCAAUCCCAGUUUCACCUAGCCUAGGGAGUAUCUAGUAAUGAUCCAUCAUAUCUGUGUGGAAUUACACAUCUUUGUAAUCCUGUGUAGACUCUGCUGUGUGAUAGGAAACGUUGUUGAGCGUUCAAUGAGUUACUUUAGAUGGCUUGAACUAAAUAUUAGAUUUGGAGUUCUUUUUCAGCUUUCUAAAGCAAUGAAUAUAUGUUAAAAGUAGUUAUUAUUUUAUUGUAUUGAAAACUAAUAGUUAUAAAUUACUUAAUUACCUUAGGAUGAACAGUUUAACGUAAAGUCAACCCAGCAGCACAUGAAGACUCUUUUUCUAAGUUUCUUACUACUUAUACACUUCGACUUAUCAGACUCAUUUUUUCUUAAAAGACGGAGGCGAGCACCGCAGCCUGUGCCUAAAGACUGUGUUUUAAGUGAGUGGGCUACUGUUAUAGAAUGUUCUGCAGACUGUGGUCCAUCUGGCAUUGAAACUCAGCAGAGGCGGAUUAUUGUAGAAGGAAGAAAUGGAGGGACAUCAUGCUCAACGUACGAGUUAGAAAGAACUGUGUCAUGUAACAGAGUUUGUUACAAUGAGGGUGAGUUGAACACAGUAUUGAACAAAUGUGAUUGUGCUACGGGCUACGCUGGAGAGUGCUGUAACCAAGAUGUGGAUGAGUGCAGCAGUGAUCCCCCUCCCUGCUCUCACAUAUGUAAUAAUGAACCCGGGUCAUUCUCAUGUGAAUGUGAGGAAAACUACACUUUGGAUACUGAUAACACCAGCUGUCUUGAUGCUAAGGAAUGUCAGCGCACACCGGCUCCCUGUGCGCAUCGCUGUAGAGAAUUAGACGGGGGUUACACUUGUUACUGUGAGGAUGGGUACGAACUUGAUGACGACCAGAAAAAUUGCAACGAUAUAAACGAGUGUAAGACAGGGAGUAUUUGUCAGUACAAAUGUAAGAACACUCCUGGUGAUUACGAGUGCGAGUGUCAGUUUGGUUACUUCAGAAACUCUGAUAACAAAACCUGUACAGAUGUUGACGAAUGUGUCCGGAAUAACGGAGGCUGCAAGCAGACCUGUGAGAAUCUUGUUGGUGGGUUCAGAUGUAAAUGCGGACCGGGUUAUGUGCUUGCUGAUGAUAAUAUCAGUUGUAAUGAUAGGGACGAAUGUUCAACACAUGGUGACACACUAUGUGAACAACUGUGUAUCAACAUUCCCGGGAGUUAUGAGUGUGGCUGUAUUCGUCCUUACACUCUUAACGCCGACCUCAGGACAUGCUCAUACCCACCAGUGAAGCCACCUACAGACCCACCAGUGAAGCCACCUACAGACCCACCAGUGAAGCCACCUAUUGAAGACGUGGACAACGGAGACGACCCAGAAGAACAAACUGACGACGGAGAUAAAGCUAAUAAUGAAGGACAAGUUGAAGACCAAAGUGAUAUAGUAACUGAAGAAGAUGAGAAUAAUACUAACGAUCAUGAUGACCAAAAAGAUGAUGAAUCCGAAAAAAGUGAUGCAGAUAAUGAAGACAACGUGAACGACUUCGAAGAUAAAGAUGGCACUGAAGAUCAAAAUUCAAACGACACAAUUGAUAAUGGUGAAAUAUCUGACCCUGAAAAAACUCCUGAAAACCUCAAACCCCCAAAAGAUAACGACUCUUUCCCAUGUGAAGGAGACGCGGCAGCUUGCGAAGCAGCAGCUGAUCAAGUAAAAGAGCAGAGGAAAACAGGAUCUGAUAAAGAUAGUGUUUAUAAUUGGAUAAUUGGAGUGCUGAUAAUUGUGUGCUUGGUGCUGUUAAUGGCACUUGCACUUCUCUGCUAUAGAAAGGGGUACUACAAACUGUUAGCUCCCAAACCACCCCCAAUAUCAACGAUACCAAGACGACACAACAAUGUAGUUUUCACACCUGACAUAGAUGACGACGACGCAAGUGGUGUUUACGAAGACCCUGAUAAUAUGCUCUACGAAGAACUGCCUGAUGGGCCAGGUUACAUGCAAAUGGCUGAACCAAAUUGUAAGCAGGAAGUGGAAAAUAAUCAAACUGUAGAGGAAAACCAUUAUGUUGAGAAUGAUUAUUGUGACCCGAAGCCUGACUCCCCUUUGCUGGAUCGUGGUCACUUACGCAGAAUGUCUAGCAACUAUGUACCUUUAACACAUUCCACUUCUAGUCCCUCAGCAUCUCAUCAAGAAGUUCCAGUCUACGUUGACGGGGAUUCUGCAGCACGUUUAGACACUGCCGCACGUGGAGACACUGCCGCACGUGGAGACACUGCCGCACGUGGUCCAUCACCGGAGGAGGGGAACUACAGUUCUAGAGUAGAAGCAGGGGGAUUUGAUCAUGAAGAGGACGAUUAUCAGAAUAACCCACCUCUUUAUGAUAACAUUUAGAAACAUUCAGAUGUCGGCCACGUACCAUGACGUCACAUCGCGUGUAGUGACGUCACAUCACGUGUAGUGACGUCACACCAUGCCGUACCACUUGAAGUAACGUUACGCGUUGAGACGGCGAAUUUGAAGCUUUUUUAUAACGACUUUUUGACUAAAAUAUGUUAUGCGACAUAUAAUGAUAGAAGUAUAAGUACAGAUGACUGUGGUGAUACAAUUCAAUAUUAUUGUUUUAUCUGGACCCAAUAUAUUCAGAUUCAGAAUUAAACUUGAAAGUUUAUUUGAGACAGGUGCUGUGACAAUUUCGAGUAGUUUUCUUUGAUAGUUUAAUAUGAUCGCUUUAUUAAUACGAGCUUUCUCAGCUAUUAGGUAGCAGCAAUGUCGGAUAUAAAUUUGAGCUCUGGUAUUUUACGCUGAGCGUUUUUCUAGUUAAUUUUUCGUUUCUGAAAGUAAAGAAAUUAUAAAAUAUGUGGCUUUUUAACUUUUUAGUUUGUUUAGUUAAUUGUUCAUAGGAUCCAUAUUUUAUCUAUAUUUUCUGAACGAUUCUUAAAUCAGCCUGCAAUCUGCAUCUAAAUUUUUACAAUUUCACCACUAGAACUUCUAGGAAUAUACAUCAUUCGAUGUUUUCAACACAUUGAAUUCUUUACUUCAGUCAGCUUUUAGUUUAACUGUAAAUACCGUACAUACCCAUCAUUAUAAUAUAAUCUGCUAGAUUCCAUUUAAGCUGUUAGACCUACAACAAUUCACAUUAAUUGUGUUUUGGCUUUUUACUCAUAGUUGAGGUUAUGAAAUGUAGUUAAGUUAUGAUGAUCUUUGUAUUAAAAGUUUUGAAACUAAAUAAUUUUCUUAAUUAUGCAAAUGUUUGUCGCAAAAAAUACCAACAAUUAUUUAUUUCGUUGGCAUUUAGAGAUUGUAUUAUUAAUACACAGAAUAAACUGCUUGUUAUACCAUUA